AUGCGCGUGCGCGAUACGGGCCGGCGGAGAGCCCGGAAAGGAGGCUGGCGUGGGGCAGGUGGUGCAGUCCGGGGAAGGAGAGUCUCGCAACCGCGGGCGUCGGUGAGCGGGGCAACAGGGGGCGUCGAGGGCUGCCGUGCGGGCGCGGGGUUCCCGGGGGGGCGGCGGGUGAAGCUUGGCCUGGAGGCUGCGCCCGGGCGGGGGGCUGGCCUGGGAGCCCGACCCGCCCCGGUGAGGGCGUAUCUGCCUGCGCUUCGCUGCCCGGGGCGCGAAUUUGGAGUCCCCGACCCUGUGCUCUCAGUGCCCCUAAUGACUCUGCCCCUCAGACUGGGAAUGUCCCUGAGCAGUAGAAACUUGUCAUUCCAGGAGGCUGCAGUAUUCGAGUUCCUGUCUGUGGACUAUACUCAGCAAAAGUGGAAAGGUCCGGCACUCAGCCAGAGAGCCCUGUACUGGAACAUCAUGCUGGAAAAUUACUGCAGCCUGGCCUCACUGGCAGGUGAGAACAGGAUGGAGAGUUCAGAGUUGCCUCCAAAGCAGGAAAUUUCUAAAGUUUUGAAGUCAUCUGAUAGGACCUCAGUAGUACUCUGUGGAAUGAUUCCUGGAGGACCAGAAGCUGGAGAUGCCUGUGAAGAGGCUUUAGAGAAGCUAGAAGUUCAACCCUCAGGUGAAGAAGGGACCAGACUGGAAAGUGAUUUCUUGGAAAUAACACAGGAAGAUAAAAAUAAAUCCACCAAAGAUGGGUGUGAUGAAUAUAAGGAACUGGAGGAACAUCCAGAUCUGUCCUCAAGUCCUGCAGAACAUCAGGGAGUUCUGAAGGGACAGAAAUUCUAUCAAUGUGAUGAAUGUGGCAAAGCUUUUAAUUGGAGUUCUCACCUCAUUGGGCAUCAGAGAAUCCACACUGGGGAGAAACCCUAUGAGUGCAAUGAGUGUGGCAAGACCUUCAGGCAGACCUCUCAGCUCAUAGUCCAUCUCAGAAUCCACACAGGGGAAAAGCCCUAUGAAUGCAGUGACUGUGGAAAGACCUAUCGCCAUAGCUCCCAUCUCAUUCAACACCAGAGACUCCAUACUGGGGAGAAACCGUAUAAAUGUAUUGAAUGUGGAAAAGCUUUCAAUGAGAGUUCCAAACUCUUUGACCAUCAGAGAACCCAUACUGGGGAGAAACCGUAUGGAUGCAAUGAGUGUGGAGCGGUCUUUAGUCGGAGUAAAAGCCUUGUCCGCCAUCAGGUACUUCACAGUGGUGAGAAACCUUACAAGUGUAAUGAGUGUGGGAAGGCUUUCUGUUCCAACAGAAAUCUUAUUGACCAUCAGAGAACCCACACUGGGGAGAAGCCUUACGAGUGUAAUGAAUGUGGCAAGGCCUUCAGUCGAAGUAAAUGUCUUAUUCGACAUCAGAGCCUCCACACUGGGGAAAAACCAUUCAAAUGCAGUGAGUGUGGGAAAGCCUUUAAUCAGAUCUCUCAACUUGCUGACCAUGAGCGAAUUCAUACUGGAGAAAAACCCUUUGAAUGUAAUGAGUGUGGUAAGGCAUUCAGUCUGAGUAAAUGUCUCAUUCGACAUCAGAGACUUCACACGGGUGAAAAGCCCUAUAAAUGCAAUGAGUGUGGAAAAUCCUUCAAUCAAAACUCAUACCUCAUUAUUCAUCAGAGAAUUCACACUGGUGAGAAACCUUAUGAAUGUAAUGAAUGUGGGAAGGUCUUCAGUCAUAAUUCUAGCCUUAUGGUACAUCAGAGAACCCAUACUGGGGAGAAACCAUAUAAAUGCAAAGAUUGUGAGAAAGCCUUUCGUGACAGCUCACAACUCACUGUGCACCAAAGAGUUCACACUGGAGAGAAACCCUAUGAAUGUAUUGAGUGUGGGAAAGCCUUCAGUCAGCGUUCUACUUUCAAUCACCACCAGCGAACUCACACAGGAGAAAAGCACUCAGGUCUGGCUCGGUCUGGUUCCUAAGGCAUGAUUCUCUAGACAGCAAGGAACUCUGAGUUAAGGUUUCUAUAUAAGAAGUAUGCUCACCCUGGUCUCUUGGAACCAUUAAUCAAAGUGGAUCAUUCCCAAAAUGCUCUCUGGUGGUCAGGAAGGUCAGAGAGUGGUAGUAACAGUAUGGUCCUUCCCCACUAAGGACUACACAUUUCAUGUGGUUGUAGGUUUCCUUUUUCUUUCACCUCUUUUUUUGGCCACCCCAUGAGGCUUGCUGGGGAGCUUUCCCGACCAGGGAUCAAACCCAUGCCCUCAGCAGUGAAAGCAAGGAGUCCUAACCAGUGGACCACCAGGGAAUUCCCUUCUUUCACUUUAAAAAAAAAUUAAAAUCUAUCUUGUUUCUUAAUUAUUUGUCCCAUAAUUAUAUUCUUAAGGAAAGAGAUAUUUCCUUAUUCUAUUCCACCUUCUCCAUUUUACCAUUUAUAUAAAGUCAUUCUCCAAGACUCUGAGUCAUUCUUUCUACCUCUUGAAUGUGGCCCUUUUAAAACUACUUUAAUCUAGACUCUCAUCACUUGUGUUCUCUACCUAGAAAAGCUUUUCUUCCUGUUUGCCAAUCUGUGUCCCUUGAACCUUUAAGAUCUAGGUCAUCUCUGAAGGACUUUCUUCUUCAAAUGCUCCUUUUUUCCUCCUAACCUGUUGAUUGACCUCAGUGUUUUGAAUUAACCUGUGCUAUAAUUUGCAAUUGUUAUAUAAUUGCCUUGUCAAUUCUCAACCUAAUGCCCCUUUGUGUCCUUUUAUACUAACUUCAUGUAGGCUUUGAGGUUGGGUAUAGUAUCUUAUUUCUUCUGGCAUAUAGAUAAUACUUAACAUAUUCUAGUUGUUAAAUAGCUUUUUAAAACAACUGAACCAUGCUUAAAGUGGGCAUGAACUCCACUUUCAUCACCAGACCUAAAAUUUCUAAAGAUGGGUAUCAUAGGAUAUCACGUACAAAGGCCUCAUUCAUAUCUUCUCCUUGUGUCCUUUAGAGUCUUACUACUGUUACCUCAGCCUCAGAGAGUUAAUGGAUUUGUGUUUGAGUGUGUGCAGGUGUGUGUGUGUAUGUAUGUAUCUAGGUAUUGGAGGCAGCUGUCAUGUUCCAGUGAUAAUGUACUUUGCCAUGAACACGGACUCCUGUACUAGCUUUCUCCACCCUGCUGUCUAAGUAAACAAGAACAGCAUCAAAGUUUACUGCAAAGAAGACUCAACUUCCAAGGCAAUUUCAGUUCCUAGCAUUCUUGGAUGAUUGGAAUGAAUAGUAAUGAAGUUUGUGACAAGAUAAUAGAGUCACACCAUUCUGAUUUCCUUACCAACUAGUUCUAGAUGCCUGCAACUGUCAUCUGAUUUUUAGGUGAGAGGUGUACGCUUAAUUAUUGUGAUUAUCUUCUGGGCCAACUUUCAUACCUCAAAGGCAUAAGAAACAAAAUCUUUUCAGGGGAUUUCCUCUUCUACAGUCAUGUAUCAGACACAAGUUUUUCUUUCCAUCCUUAUAGUAGGGCCUCAAUGCUAGGGGAUCUUUGCCCCUGGUGGCUACCCUCUUCCUCUUAGCAAUAUGACAGGAUCAGCAGUGUGGCAGAGGAGGAAGAGGUUAGAGGGGCAAUGUCAGGCACAUAACCUAGAGGAGAGAGAUUUUUGUGAGCUGUGAUUUAUGUCUCCAAGACAGUGGAGAAGAAGGGGAAGAGAGUUGAGGCUCAAGAAAAUAAGAAUUGGAUAUGAUUCUGGGUGAGGCAUCUCAGAAAAGGUUAGAGUGUUUAUUAGGAGCCUAAAAAAUUACUGAACCGAGGACAGAACUGGAAAUUUGCCAUUUGUGAAUAUUUUAAAUUUCUGUUAUAGCUAUAUUUUUGGUAUUUUCAUUUUUUUUAAACUGAUAGGACUUUCUUUUUGAAAGUGUUUUACUUUGGAAGCUCCCAGAUUCCAGGGGAGAGCCUAACCCCAUAUGAACACACGGGUCCAGCCCUCUACUCUGAUUUCAACAUGACUGGUUAUGUCUUUAGUAGAGAAGCCUCUGUCGAGUAUUGUAAUUUUUUAUCUUCUGGUUCUGCUCAUACCGUACCACACGAAGUCUCUGGAGAGAGGGAUCCAGCACUGUUCAUAACCCUGUUAUCUGACCACCACCGGUCCCGGGUAGGUGCUAAGUAGCAGUGAAUGUCCUCACUUGCUAGAAAAGCACUCAGGCUCUUGGUUGGAGGAAAAGGGGCUACAUUUGAAAGCACACCUCAAUUUCUACUGGUUAUUGCUAGUAUUUUAAUAAUUAGUGAUUUUAAAAAAAUUUACUUGGAUCCAAUUACCUUGCUAGAUUAGUUUUUGUUUGAAGAGUUUUUCAGUUCCAUUUCCUAGCUUCUCUAGGUAUACAAUAAAUAACGAUUAGUGUUCUCUUAAUUCUAAUCUGUAUGCCACUUACGUCGUGCAUGAGCACAAAUAUUUUAAAAAUGUUGAAUAGUGAGUAACAGGCGUUCAGUGUCUUGUUCCUAACUUUCAGGAGAAAGGUUUUUUAGGAUUUCACAGUUUUAUAUGGUGUUCACGCUCAUUGUUUCUGAUAAAUAUUCUACUCUGUUUGGGAAGUUUUCUUCUAUUCCUAUUUUUAGAAGAAGCAAUAUGUUAUAGUGGUAAAGAGCACAGAUUUUGUGCCUGGAAGCCUAGGUUCAAAUCCUGCCUCCACCACUUUCUUUAGGUGUGUGAUCCUGGGCAAGUUGCUUUGCUUCCUUUUGUCUUCCAUGUGUAACAUGGAGCUACCUCGUAGGGCCUUGAGGAUAAAAUCAGUUCGUAAGUGAUACGCACUUGAAACAAUACUUGGCAUGUAGUAUACCCUAUAGCGAAUUAUUAUUAUACUUAAGUUUUUAUUAGGAAUGGAUGCUAGGUUCUGUCAGACUUCUAAAAAUCUGUUGGUGUAAUGUUAUGGUUUUAUCAUUCUUUUCAGAAUCGAUUUUGCUGGCAAGUUUCCAAAUGAAAUUUCCUUGUGUUCCUGGAAUAAAAUCCAUUUUUUUGGUGGUGAUUUGAUUUUAUUUUUUAAGUACAGAACUAGAUUCAGUUUGCUUUGUAAAAUGAAUUUGGAAGUUUUGUUUUUUUCUCUUUUAUUACCUGGAAGAGUUUGCAUAAUGAGGGGAUGAUUCUUUGAAGCAUAAAAAUAACUGGGCCUGAUCCCUUUUUGGGAGGAAGGGGAUUGGGAGGGACAUAUCUUUAGCAGCUGUCUUAGUUUGGGUUGCUAUAACAAAAUACCAUAGACUGGGUGGCUUAAACAACAGACAUUUGUUCCUUACAGUUCUGGAGGCUGGGAAGUCCAAGAUCAAGUUGCCAACAUGGUCAGGUUCUGGUAAGGAUCCUUUGAGUCUUGGCUGCCGUCACCUUCUUGCUAUAGCCUCACAUUGUAAAGAAAGAGAGCAGCUCUCUCUCUCUUCCUCUUCUAAUAAGGACAUUACUUCCAUCAUGAAUGCCCUACCCACGUAAACUAAUCUAACCCCAGUUACUUCCCAAAGACCCAACUCUACAUACCAUCACCCUGGGGAUUAGGGCUUUAAUAUAUGAAUUUCAAGGAAACAAACAUUUGGUCCAUAAAUUCUGAGUGUGGCUUCCCCAAAUUCAUGUCCUUCUCAUUUGCAAAAUAAGUUAAU